UACCAGCACCACCAGCACAAGCCACUCCCGCUUUCCUCUCCCCGCGCCACCUUGGCAUCAUCAUUACCGACAUAUCCAGCUGAUCUUCACCUCCCGCUUUCCCGCCCCUCGAUCGCCGGCCGGCCGAAACCAUCCGUCCAUCAAUGGGCUCCAAACCCGCGGGCGCGGCAGGGAGCCAGCAGCAGGUGAAGGAGGAGUCCAUGGCGGACUUGUACAGCGGCCACGAGCUGACGCCGCUGCAGAAGCACGCCGCCUUCUUCGACACGAACAGGGACGGCAUCAUCUACCCCUCCGAGACCUACCGAGGGCUACGCGCCAUCGGCUGCGGCGUCUUGGUGUCCGCCGCCGGCACCGUCUUCAUCAACGGCUUCCUCGCGUCCAAGACGGUACCGGCGAACGUGAAGCCUCCAGCUUUCAAGUUCCCCAUCUACGUGAAGACCAUUCAGCAGGGCAAGCAUGGGAGCGAUACAGACGUGUACGAUAUCCAGGGAAGGUUUGUUCCUGAAAAGUUUGAGGAGAUAUUCAAGAAGCAUGCCCACACUAGGCCUGAUGCCCUAACGGACAAAGAGCUGGGGGAGAUGCUUAAAGCAAACAGGGAUCCUAAAGAUUUCAGUGGACGGGUGGGUGCUUUCGUAGAGUGGAAACUUCUAUAUGCGCUGUGCAAAGACAAGGAGGGAUUUCUUCACAAGGAGACUGUCAAGGCGGUCUAUGAUGGCAGCGUCUUUGAGAAGUUGGAGCGAGAAAAGAAGGAAGCUAAGGAAUUUGCCAAGAAGAAAUGAUGAAAUGUCCUCCGAUGCCCAGUUAUUUGUGGUUUUGUGCAAUUAUCUGUAGAUUGGUGUGCUUGUGAGUUCCGUUCCCGAAAUUAUUGUUGUGGUCGUUUGGUUUCAUUUGUUUCUGGUUUCAUGCUUCCUGGAAUGAGGCUGGGAGCCUGAUUGUAAAUGUAUAGAAACUGCUUGCAAAUUGGAAAAAACCAUUCACAUUUGUUUUAA